AUGCGAAAUUUUCAUGUUGAAUAUUUAAUUCCAUCAUAUACAAAAUCAAUUGUUGGAAAAAAUGAAAUUUAUCAAACAAUUCGAUUUGUUAAUAAAGGAUUAACAGCAGAUGAAAUUAUUGUGAAUUUCAAUUAUCAAAAAGCAGAAGAACAAAAUCUUUUAAUUUUCUUUCAUUUUAAUGAUACAAAUGAAAAAUAUUCAAUUGAAAUUCGAAAUUCAAUUGUUGAUAUGCAAGAUGAUUGGAAUGAUAAGAUGUUACCUAAUUUAAUUAUUGAAAUUAAAACAGAAAAUAUUUGGAAACAAAUUUUAAGUCGAACAAAAACUCCAAUGGAAGCAUUAGAUAACGAAGAUAUUUGUAUUAAAAAUCAACAAGGUAAAGAUUAUCCUGAAGGAAUUCUUGAAUUUAUUCAAUUUUUACUCCUAAUUGAUUAUACAAAUAGUAUAAUAUCUACUUCAUAG